UUUCCGGCGAAUAAAUGAUUUAAAAAAAAACUUCGACUCCCAUAAAAAUGUCUGCUUGAAAGGAUUUACUAUUUUCCGAAAAUUGUAGGAAAAACGAAGUUAACUAUUCAUGAAAAUUUGUAGUUAGUAAGAUAAAAAUGGGAGCACAUAUUGAAAAGGAUAUGUUAAGCUAAAUAAAUAUUGUUAAGUGGAAGUAAAGGACAUGUUUAAAAAGUGAAAGAAUAGUGUAGUGUAAAUUGAUCAAGAUGUCAGAUGAAGAGGACUCCUCACCCGACUGGGCACUAAUUCCGAGCAAUAAUCUACCAGUGCUCGGCAUCAAACGUCUUAAACAAAUCGAGACCAUGUUUGUUUCUCGUCGACUGCAGGGGCCCACGCAUGGCCUAAGUGUUGAAACAUUGUUAGACGUGCUUCUCGUCUUGUAUGACGAGUGUUGUAACAGCAGCCUUCGACGGGAAAAGGCGGUGGCUGAUUUUAUCAACUAUGUGAAACCGGUUGCAGCAGCAUUGAAGCGACUCAGACUCUCCCGUGACGACUUUGAAUUGGUGAAGGUGAUAGGUCGUGGUGCUUUCGGUGAAGUGUGCGUUGUUAGAGCUUCAUUUAUGCAGAAUGGAGAAGGAAAUGGUGCGGCCGGUGUGACAAGCAGCGAAAGGGUGUAUGCCAUGAAAAUACUCAAUAAAUGGGAAAUGCUUAAGCGCGCUGACACGGCGUGUUUUCAAGAGGAAAGGGAUGUUCUGGUGUUUGGUGAUAGAAGAUGGAUAACAAAUUUGCAUUAUGCCUUUCAAGAUGACCAUAAUUUGUAUCUCGUCAUGGAUUACUAUUGUGGCGGUGAUUUGCUGACGCUACUCUCAAAGUUCGAAGAUCGACUCCCAGAAGACAUGGCCCGUUUCUACAUCACUGAAAUGGUGCUGGCCAUACAAAGUGUUCAUGAGCUGAGAUAUGUGCAUCGGGAUAUUAAGCCAGAUAAUGUUCUAUUGGACGCCAGUGGACAUAUCAGGCUUGCUGAUUUUGGAUCCUGUCUCCGUUUAGGAGAUGAUGGAAAGGUACAAAGCAAUGUGGCAGUGGGAACUCCAGACUACAUAUCACCUGAAAUCUUGCGGGCGAUGGAAGACGGCCAGGGUCGGUAUGGACCUGAAUGCGAUUGGUGGUCUCUUGGUGUGUGUAUGUACGAGAUGUUAUUCGGUGAGACUCCGUUCUACGCCGAGUCGUUAGUGGAAACAUACGGAAAGAUUAUGAACCAUGCGAGGUGUUUCCAUUGUCCGCCCCCGGACGAACAUGCGGCACAGGUCUCUGAGGAAGCGCAAGAUUUAAUUCGUCGGUUGAUAUGUGCUUCUGAUACGAGAUUAGGAAGAAAUGGGAUUCAGGAUUUUAAGAAUCACCCAUGGUUCAGUGGUGUGGAAUGGGAUACGGUUCGAGAGGCAAGCGCACCAUUUGUUCCCGACGUGGCCAGUCCCACAGACACAUCCAACUUCGAUGUAGAUGACACGGACAUACGAUUAUCGGAAGCAGUUCCUCCGCCAUCAGCAUCAUCAGCGUUUUCUGGUCUCCACCUGCCAUUCAUUGGAUUCACAUUUACGGCUGGGUCUAGAUUGUCCGAUCUCGGUGCGCCUACGCCGCUCAGCCCUGCCAAGAAUGCACCUUGUCAGGUAAAUGAGGCUCCAUCCAACGCGGGAGAUCGUGCCGCUUUAAAAGCGCUAGAACGCGAAAAUGCUCUACUAGCUCAAACGAUAGCUGAGCUACGGGCCAGUACUCAAGUAGACGGUGCUACUGAUCAAUUAACGCUUUUAAAAGAGGAAUUGGCGGCGUUACAGAAAAGAAAUAGCGAAUUGGAAACUUUAACGAUAUGUGAAAAUAAUGUAACACCGGACUUGUCAUCAGCGCCUCAGGAACUAGUAACGAAAUUGCGAGAGCUCGAAAUAAAGAUCGAAGGAUUAAAUACGGAGAAAGAAGAGCUGAUGAAGGAUAAAAUGGACUCCAAUGAGAAAUUACGGUUACAGGAUAAAGAGCUUAGAGACGCCCUUUCCCAACGUAAACUAGCGAUGACUGAAUAUAAUGAGGUCACAGAAAAGUUGUCGGAACUUCGGCAGCAGAAGCAAAAACUGUCGCGGCAGGUUCGUGAUAAAGAGGAAGAGUUGGAUGUGGCCAUGCAAAAGAUUGACGCGUUGAGACAAGAUAUCCGCCGAGCGGAUAAAGGAAGAAGGGAACUCGAAGCGAGAUUGGAGACGGCUGUCGCUGAAGCUACUAAGGAGCGCAAAUUACGCGAGGAGUCCCUACGACUGCAACGCGUAGAAGCGGGUGCUUCGCCCUCAUCUACUCAGCCCUCUGCUGCCGCCGAUGUCGCUAAGUUGCAGGCCGAUAUUGAGACUUUGGAGGCCCAGUACGCGGAAUCAUUGGCUGAACAGCAAGCGCGGUAUUCCGCAGAAGUGAACGCGCUGAGGGAACAACUGCAUGAGACUGAUACAUUGCGAUCCAUGCUGAACAGAGAGCUCCAAACAUCUAAGACUGACAAUGAAGACAAACAGAUGCUGAUAAAUGAAAACAGAAAACUCGCUAAAGAUCUUGAUGCUAUGGCGGAGAACGGGCGUCGUUGGCAAGCGGAGAGGAGGCAGUUAGAGAUGGAGUUGGAAGAGUUUAGGUCGAAGAGAGAUACAAUGCAACAUUGGGAGACACAGAUUGCAGACAUAAUAAGAUGGGUGGCUGAUGAGAAGGAGGCCCGUGGCUACUUGCAGGCGUUGGCAACGAAAAUGACGGAGGAGUUAGACUAUUUGAAGCAUGCAUCGGCAACCCGAACAUCCGGUCCCGUGUCACCUGGUGGGGUUUCUUCCGGACCCGGUGCCGGUUCCGGAUGGAGAAAUAGGCGGUCGCAGAAAGUUGAUAAGAUGGAGAUACUUACAUUGCAAUCGUCGCUCCACUCAGAGAUUCAGGCCAAACAGUUGGUUGGUGAGGAAUUGAGUCGCACGCGAGCUGAAUUGCUUGCUAGUCAGAGGGAAUUAAUGGAGACUCGUCAGCGUUUAGACUCGGUUGCGCACGACAUGAAACGCAAAGAGCAGCACAUCCGGGACAUGCAAGCCAAGCUGGAUGCGCCGGCGCACCCACAUAACUCCUCCAGGCAGGGAUCGACAAAAUCAUAUUGGAGCGGAAAAGAAGAGAAUGUCUUGGACCGACCGCCAUCUCAAAUGAGUUACCUCGAACAAUUCUUGAAGGAUGCGCCGCCGGAGAGGCAUUACGACAAUGUUAGCACUAUCAACAGUGAACAGAAGAUCUCGCCGGGCUAUCGUUACAGAAAUGUGCAGCAUUGUUGUAACGCAAAGAUAAUGUAUGGAUCGCAACAGUCUACGGCGCUUAGUGGGUCUGCCGAGUCACAAGAUGAGAUGGAACAACGUGCAGUUUCGCCUAUAUCCUGCAAGAGUUCGCCCAGUGAAAUGUCCACUUAUUCGUUACAGGAUCCGACUGUAGCGCCACCUAUGACGGGCAAACAAAAACUACACCAGUUCCUAGUAAGGACAUUCAGUAGCCCCACAAAAUGCAAUCACUGCACUUCGCUUAUGAUCGGUGUCACCCGCCAAGGAGUGGUUUGUGAGCGUUGCGGCGUAGCUGUCCACACCGCUUGCUGUGCGUUGGUUGCGCCUAGGUGUCCCCUCCCCGCUGAGAGAUGUCGCCGUCCAUUGGGCAUUGACCCCGCGAGGGGGCAAGGGACCGCGUAUGAGGGAUAUGUCAAGGUACCGAAGCCGGGUGGUGUAAAAAAGGGAUGGAUGCGGCAGUUUGUCGUUGUUUGUGAUUUCAAGUUGUUCCUGUAUGAUAUAUCUCAGGAUAGAAACGCGUUACCAUCUGUAUGUGUGAGCCAAGUGCUGGAUAUGAGAGAUCCGGAAUUUAGUGUGACGUCAGUGAAGGACUCUGACGUCAUACAUGCGAGUAAACGGGAUAUACCCUGUAUAUUCAGGAUAUCAACGUCCCAAUUGGAAGGCGGCAAGCGAUACCAUACAUUGAUGUUGGCGGAAUCUGAAUCGGAGAAGACUAAAUGGGUGGUCGCACUCAGCGAGUUGCACAGAAUACUCAAACGUAACAACUUGCCUGAUAAAUGUGUAUACAGCGCAGGGAUAAUAGUGGAUUCGUCAUCUUGGGCGGGCGUUCGAAGCGUGCAAUGUGCGUGCAUUGUCGAACGGAGUCGUUUAUGUUUGGGCGGAGAUUUUGGUCUCGCUUUAUUGGACCUCGAGCGGGGAGAAAUUGUGCCGCGAAGAUCGCACGCGCCUGUCGCGAAGUUGCAUUAUGUGCCAGCCGAACAUUUAUUAGUGGUGAUAGCCGGUCGUGGCAGACACGUACGACUGGUUCCGAUACGUGCGUUGGAAUGUCCCGAAGCGGAGAGCGUGAAACUCGCAGAGGCUAAGGGCGCGGUGGAUGUCGCUGUCGGCGAAUUGAAUGCCACUGCGCAUGGUUUUGCUGUAGUUUGUAAACGACAGAACUCGUGGGUAGUGCUAGUAUAUGAAAUAACUCGCACGGCUGCAAGAAGGUACCGCGUCGCUGAACUGCGAGCGGCCGCGCCCGUACUCAGCGUACAACUUUGUAGGGGACGACUCAUUUUGGGAUACAGAGGAGGUCUUGUUGCCCAUACAUUGAGGACUGACUUGGAUCGACCAGCUGUUUCGCUAGUUCACCCAGAAAAUCAAGUGAGCGUAUUCCUGACUCAUUCGGGCGCAAGACCACUUUGCGCUAGACCAGCUGGAACAGACUGGUUGUUAGUCUUCAGUGCUUUGGCCUUGUACGUGGAUCGAGUGGGGAUGAGGGCGAGAGAUGCUGAGAUAAUGUAUACAGCACAUCCACAAUAUCAUGCGGUGAACGACACACAUCUACUGAUAUUCACCACCUCGCAUAUUGACGUGUAUGACGUCGAAACUGGAGAUUGGGUGCAAACGAUCAAUAUACCUAACGCAAGGCCCUUAGAUGAAGGCGGAUGGGUUUGUGCUGCAGGAGGAAGCGGAGGCAACGGGUUCCCAUUCUCUACGGAUACCACGCCGUAUCUCGUCUAUCUACGACCGCUCGUUACUCAGGGUCCCCUUAAUCUUGAAACGGCUACAUAUGGCAGUAACAAGCGACGGUAUUCCGUGAGGGAACAAUCUCACCAAGCGAUUGAAGCUCAUAAUAGAUUAUCGGAGCGUCGUUCUCGUCUAAUAUCAGCGCCCACGAACUUCGCCCAUGUGUCCCAUAUGGGCCCCGGAGAUGGGAUUCGCUCACAGAGGCUGCUAGAUUUACCCACUACCCUGGAGACGGCUGAUGAUCACGAUCAUCAUCAGAUGUACAGCAGUAGAGACAGCAGCAAAAGGACGUCACCGCUAACGGUCUCGCAUCCAACUGGGUCAUACAAUGGUUCAUGGCGGUCUGGGAGAUCGAGAGACCCGCCCACAGAAGCCCCCCCUUCCCCGCCUCUCUCACAUCGCCCUAUGGAUAGGUCCGUGGGCGGUGGGUCUGCGGGCAGCGGGUCCUUGCUGGAGAGAUCCAUCACGCCCCUCAGUUUGGGCAGUAUGAGCUCUCUUCACGAUGUACUUAAGGUACACUGGUCGAAAUUCGAUCGUAACCCUAAUAUUAACAUUGAUGUGGGAACAGAGAGUAUGGAGGGAGGUCAAUCUGACAGCAGCUGUGCCGCUUCGCCCACUCAUGCGCAUCACGGGCACGAUACAUGAUCGAGCCAACUAGACGCGUAUUGGGGCGUCGAUCUCUCGAAGCUGUACGCUUGCUUUUGCUGACGUUACGACGGUGACGUCACUCGCUUAUAAACCUUUAGGAGAUUAUAAUCGAACCUAAAACGUUGCCAUGACAACUCAUAUAAAUCUCUAUAGCGAAUGAACUCGCACAUUGACAAUACUCUUAAAAGAGAGAUGUGACUCUUUUGUCUCUCUCGCACGUAUUAACUUCAAAAUUUAUAAAUAUCAGUCUUAUGCCAUUUUUCAUAAAAUCUACUGCUAAAGAAUAUAAAUUUAGUAAUAAUAAACUAAAAUACGGAAUUUACGGCAAAAUCUGCUAUUCUUAGUGUGAAAACCUAUAAAAUAUUCGGGAAUAUUUUCUAUAAGACUUAUAACGUGGACUAUAAAUAGUAGUACUAUAUGUAGUCCAUGUUUAAUAAAAAGGUCGUAUAUGUAAUCUUUUAUCAUUAUCGAUUGGAAAGGAAGCAUUUCAAAAUUGAUAAAAUGCCAUCACAUAAUUGAAAAAUGUUUAUUUAAGUGUAAGUUUUUAAUUUGACAAGUUUUAAUAGAGGACAUUUUACAAUGAAUUAAUUGGAUAUGAUUUUUGUGUAUAUGUACAAUAGUUUAAUUUACUUUUGUAUAUUCUUUACUAUUUAAAAAUUAUUUAUUUACAUCGUGUGUUAUUUUUAGUUUAGUCCAAGAUUAUCCGUAAUUUAUUUGUCUGUAUUUAUUAAGGACCGAGGUGCUAUACUGUUGUACUAAAUUAUUUAUUUAGUUUGAAUUAACAUUAACUUUGGACCCAUAGACAUAUCGCUAGAUUUCCAAAAGGCUUGUCUAUGCUAGGCGAUUCCCAUUCAUUUGUAUUAGAUUCAGAGUUUCUUAGAGUAGAUUAAAUUAUAGCAAAUAAACUAUUCAAGUCGCUUGAUUGCACCUUUAGUAAUAUACGAGUUUUGUAACGCUAGUAUAUCAAUUUUUUCUCGUAUGCUUUAUUGAGUGAACAGUGGCGCUUCAACCUUUUAGCUCUGGGCCUCAGAUGGGUAUCAGUUUCGUGAUCAUUUAUGUUACUUAAUAGUUAAAUAGGUGAUCGUAUGACACAUAUACUUUCUGUGUGUAAGGCAUGCCGAUUUCCUUACGAUAUUUACCUUCAUCGUACGUACGUCUUACGUACGUCGUCGUACGUCCACGUGCCCGCAUGGAAAGUCCAUUCGUGUACGGGGAUCGAACUUAAGACCUCAAGGAGUCGCUCGUUGAGACUAGGCCAACACACCUCAAUUAGUCACAAAUAAAUCACCAAUAGCUUAAUGUCUUGUUAGCUGUAAGUCGGUUACUUACAUUUGUAUGUGUUAUAACAGUUUAGUUUGGUACAACAGAAUUGCUACUAAUAAACAGUUACCUACUAAUAACUAACCCCACCUAAAUCAAUGAUGAAUCUUGGACGUAUUGCAUAAUAUCUUCUAUAUUGGUUCCUAAGUGUAAAAAAGUUAAUAGUAAUAUAAAUAUAAUCCAUAGUGUCUUCUGGACGUUAAAAGGACGACUAAAUAAUAGGCUUAGUUGUCGCUAGAGAAUUUAAAACUUUUAUCAAAAUAUUCUCUAAGAAAAUCUAGCGUGACUUAAAAAUAAAGCAGGCCUUUUUAGUUCGGGUUUUGCUUUAUUACUACACUAAGUUGGAUUUGCAUCAUUCUACCAAAAAAAAAAUAAUGAGGUAGUAAAAUUAUAUCGCAAUUAUAAAAAAAAAACUUUGAAAAUUAAAAUCACACAUGGCAAUCUUAACCUGGCCGUUAUACUGGGAGGCCAUAACGAAAUACGGUUUUUAUUUAUAUUAUUAUGAUUAUAAUGAAAUUAUAUUGAAAAGCGUGCGGCGAUUCGAAAAUAUUAAAAAAAUUCAACACAAUUUUAAUCUUUCAAUUGGUAUUUUUCUAUUAGGCUAAUUUGGUUUUAAGAAAAAUAUUUUCGAAUUGUCCGCACGUGUGUAACCUUCCAAUGACUCGAUAAUAAUGUUUAGUAUAGACUAUCGAAUGUGGCUUCUAGGUCAAUUAGUCUCUUAUAUUCUCUAUUAUAACCGAAAUGUGUAAAGAAUGUUCAUGACACUGUUGCGUUGUAAUCGUUAACCCCGGAAGGUUUAGGCUGAAAAUAUUAACUUCACCGUCUCAUUAUUUAUCCAUUGUGGAUGUAAAAACUAAUUAGAUUUUACAAUAGAAAUAUGUAUACUGUAUAGUUGUUUCGUAAGCAAUUAAAUGGAAUUGAUUAGAUUUUUCUCAUUUACAACGCAACAGUCAUAGUGUAAAUUUAUAUUCAAUUAUAAAUCGCUAGUAAAGUAAUUAAAGUUAUACAAGCUUGUAUUUUAAGAAAGUUUAUUCCGUAUCUAAAUAUUCAUUCUCCAGGUUUUUUUAACAACUUUGUAAAGGUAUACCCCCAAUUUUCAACUAAUUAAAGUAGUGAUUUAUUUAACGUAAACUAAGACAGUCAGACUGUCUACGCUUCCAUGUUAACCAAAUAAGGUAAACGGUAAUCAUAAUAGACGAAAAAAAUUAUCAAUUUGGUCAAAUUAAAAAAUAGCAGUAAUUUUUACGUGAAUAGGUACGUUUAUUGUAAUCUCUUUUUGUAUAUUCAAAAUAAUGAAAUAUGAUAUAUAAUGCUACAAGCUCGUUGACAGUUUAUCCCUUAAUAUAUGUAUAGGCUAAUAGCGGGUUUAGUUCCGAAACAAUAUUAUAUAAUAAAACACUGCCACUUUCUUUUGUAUAUUGAGUAUAAAAAUCUUCACCUUCUUUUUUGUAAUUUCAUGAUCUGAUGUCAUCUCAUAUAGCACGACUGUCAGUUGUCAAUGAUGUCAAACUUAUUUGAUGUAUUUACUUAUAAUUAAUUGAAUUUUUGUAUGUGUUAGCUUAAUUUUAUUCACAAAAGAUUCUCAGUAAUGUAUGUGAUUAUGUAAUAUGUUAGCCGGUAAAUGUAUUAUAAUUAUUUUUAAUGAUCUAGUCCUUUUUGUUUACUUUUUGUGACGUAAGCGUGUCCAUUUAAGGUUUUGCCGUUUGUCAAUGUCAAUUCUAUUGUUAAAUAUUUGGGUUUAAACUUUAAACUGUCAAAACCGAUCGAGUGUCUAAUAAUAGAAUUAAAGUUGACAAAUGUAGAAAAAUGAGAUUUUAGAUAGGCUAACGCCAUCUUGUUUACUGCAUUAUAAACAAAAUGAUGGCGUACCUGCGUGUGGGUUUUAUACGAUUUUUUCAUACAUUUUACUCGUUUUCAAAUCGAUGUGUAUCCAAAGAUAUGUAUAAUCAUUAUGAUUAAAUUGUAUCGAUUAUUAUUUUAGUGAAAUUAGUUUGUUUAUUAAAUUGUAUCGAAAAGAACUGAACCUAUAUGUAUUAAUGUAUUCGUGUAACUUGCAUGGGAUCUUUAUUGUAUUAUAUAAACAUUCCGGAAUAUACUCAGUAUUUUAUUCGAUUCGUUAAACAUUAGUUAAUACGCAAACAUGACGACAAAAAAAAAUCAUGCGCAUAAAUUUCACAUGAAUUUUUUAUUAUUUAAUUAUACUCUGUGAAAAAUUGUAUACUUUUUGUAUUCCUUUCCACGUUUGGUUCGUAGGUACAUUAUGUAUGUAUCUUAAAGGAUUUUACAUAACUUUUAAUUAUUGUGUAAGUCCAGUUAUAACUAAAACUAAAAUUACUAAUAAAUUUCAAAUCGUGAGGCUAAUUAAAUCGGAAAUGAUGUUUGAUCUCAAAAGAGGUAUGAAAAGUAUGUAAAGUCCUUUUAUUUUCUGAAUAAUUGAACGAAAUGCAAACUACAUAUUUAAAGGAAGCUCAAGGAAAUUGCUUUGGAACAACUAAUUAUAAAGAUGACGCAAAAUGCGGGUCGUCACAUCAGUCUAACCUAAAAAUGAUUAAUGAAUUUCGUGUAAUCUGUGCUAUCUUAGCGUGCUUUUACUAAUUUUAAGCGAGUCCAUUUUCUUGUGUUUCUGAAUGUGUUCAAAGUAGAAAAUAGCAUAUGUCGAGAAAAUAGGCUAUCUUCACUAGUGAUUUGUUUCCUAGACAGAUUUGAGAUUUUGUUCAUCGCCCGAUACCUAUUUUUAACUAUUGGUUGUAUUAUGAUUUAACUAUUUUUUUUAAAAUAUGGUAUCAUCGUGCUAACUUAUUGUAAUAGAUUGUUUAACUAUCUUCCAUAUAUCCUGCUAUAACUAAAUUAUUAUUUAGAUUGCAAUUAUGUGAAAUCUCAAUACUUAAUGUAUAUACAUGAAUAAAGAAAUUUGAAGGA